CCCUGACAUGGCGGAAUCCUCCGGGAUGGCGGUGGGGGGUGGGGCCGUCUCCAGCACCGUGACCACCGAGAGCGAGGCGCAGCCGGAACCGCGAUCCCUGACGUUAAAGCUGCGGAAGAGGAAACCGGACAAGAAGGUGGAGUGGACUUGUGACACCGUGGACAACGAGAACCUGGGAAGACGCUCAUCCAAGUGCUGCUGCAUCUACGAGAAGCCCAGAGCGUUUGGCGAAAGUUCAACUGAAAGUGAAGACGAGGACGACUACUGCAACAGCGCUCACUGUAUACGGGGCCACAAGAAGGGUGCACCAGGGGCCACAGAGACUCCACCAUCAAGCCACGAGAACGCUGGCAAUAUGCAGCACUGAGACAGCAAAGAGAGAGUGACAGAGCGCAUCUUGCAUAUCGCUGUUAUUUAUGAGAGCUGCUGCCUCGUGUCUUGUAACUGUCUCUUUUCCUGAUUGUGAGAGUCACAGCAGCUGAGUGCCGGUUCUUUGUCCGUGUCUUCAUGUUGGGUAACACAGUGGCUGAGAGACGGGAAGAUGGAUAGAGAGAGGUUGAUCUGAUGUCUUAUGAGACUGUUAACACACCGUUAACUGUCCCUCUCUUCCGGACUGGCGUAAUGUCUCUUCUGCUUGGAACUGCUUGUCAUUGAAUGUAUGCAUGACCCAUUCUCCCCUCCCCCACCCUUCAACAAUUGCUGUUCUAGCCAUUGGCUACCCUCAGUUUGUUUUUCGGACUCCCCUCCCCAUUGCUGCCCCCUUACGCUUGCCAUCGUUGCUUCAGAUCCUUCUCAGUAUAAUAUGAUGUAAGCUAUUGAAUGUAUUUAUGAAUGAGAUUCUCUCAGGCAAGGCGCAUUAGUAAAAUGACACGGAACCUCUAGUCCCGUCCCGUCCCCCCACUGUGGAAUUGUAACUGUUUGGAUUUAUUACAGCGUUAGUGUUCAUUCUAGCACCCUGCACCUUUCAAAAUCUGUGCAGUUCCUCUUUCCUGCCUGGGGUGUCGCUCUCUGCUGGGAUGCUUCUCGGCAUACUCUGAUCUGUUACUCAGUGCUGUGAUACAGACCUGUGUGUGCUGAGAAGCACCAGAGAGCGACACCCCAGGCAGUAAGAGGGACUGCACAGGAUUUGAAAGGUGCAGGGUGCUAGAAUGAACACUACAGCGUAGUGCUUUGUGGGAGGUCUGCUUAUAAUGCCUGCAUAGACUUAACAUCUUGCAUCAUAAUCACAGGCAGGUAGGAUGUCGUCCAUAGCAACCAAUCGGGUCAUUUCUUACAUCAUGCUGUACACUAAAAAUGAAUAUCUGAUUGGUCGCUAUGGACUACAGCUCAUUUAUUGUGUUUCCAUUGAAUAAGCCUUAUAAUGCGUGAUUUAUCAUCUGUAACUGCCAUGAAACUGCUCUCGCCACAGAACCAUUCCGCUCCCAUUCAUCUGUGUCAUUAAAUUCUCAUUUCACUGA